AUGCAGACGAUAAUAGUGUUUAUUGUGUUCACAAUAAUAACUCAAACUGUAUCACAAUGUGACAAAGAAUAUAGUGUAGAAUUAAAAAACCGGAUGUAUAAAGGUGUUAAAUAUGAACCACAUGAAAUAAUAGUGGAUAAUGUGACUAAAGUGGAAAGGGGAUGUGUGUGUUUGAAGGAAGUUUGUGCCAAAAAGUGCUGUCCCUUAGGCCAAGCGUAUAACAGGGAGCUGAAGAUAUGUGUCGAGAUCUCAAAACCAUUCAAUCCUCCAGUCUAUAGAGAGUAUCAGUUGUUACCAGGAUACAAUGCAACGAAGGAGCUACACUUUUUCUACGGAAAAAUGAACUGUUCGGAUGAGCUAGAAGAAAUUAGAGUCCCAGUAGCUCCUGCUUCGUAUAAUUUUCAUUUAAGAACGGAUGGGAAGCUGUACGUGAAAAUCGACACUUCUGUUAAGGUCCUAAUCUAUGAUGCGAGCAAAUACUGCAUCGACACGUUUGUCUCUGACACUGAAGAACCACACCUCAACGCCCUCAUCUGCUUUGUCCCGAAGCCGGAACAUAACAACUAUACUAUGAGCAGCAGUUGUAUGCUGAUAUCCUGUUUCUUUAUUCUCCUCACCGUGGCAGUGUACGCAUGGCUGCCUGAACUGAGGAACCUUCAUGGAAUGGUGCUGAUGGCAUACCUACUCAGUUUCUUCGUCGGCUUCCUGUUCCUAGCUACUAUGCAGAUCCUUAUCCUAUUGAAGGAGAUAUCCGAAGAUAUAUGUAUCGUUCUAACUUUCAUCGUCUACUUCUCUCUUCUGGCAGCGUUCUUCUGGCUGAACGUGAUGUGCUACGACAUCUGGUGGACUUUCAGUGGCAAACGAGCUCAUGGCCGUAGUGGUUCACAAAACAAGAGGUUUUUGUGUUACGCCAUCUACGCUUUUGGAGUGCCAACGAUCCUGACCAUCGUUUUAGCAGCUCUUGAAUUUUCCAACAUUCCUUUGCAUCCUCUUCUGCCUAAACUUAGGUUACAAGGCUGUUUCUUAUACGGUAACAGCAAAUUGCUGUACUUGUAUGGACCGAUUGUGAUCCUCUGUGUGGCGAAUUUGAUCUUCUUCGCGCUGACUGCCUUCAAGAUAGCAAAAAUUAAAAAAGAAACCAAAAUGCUGCGAGACAAGGAGAGCUCCACACAUGACCAGGACAGAAAAGAUACUCAAAGGUUUACUCUCUACGUCAAGUUGUUCACUGUCAUGGGCAUCAACUGGAUCUUGGAGGUGGUCAGCUCCUUCUACCCUGAAGCUGACGUGUUCUGGCAGUUCUCUGACGCUUACAACGUGCUCGUCGGCCUAAUCAUCUUCAUUAUCUUCGUCUGCAAGAAGAAGACUUGGAGAAUGAUCAAGAAGAGGAUCAAAGAUUACCAACGUUCCAAAUCUAAUAACACACAGCAAGAGAUAAAUGGCAAUAACAGACAACUAGCCCAAUGGAGAACUCAACCAGAUAGAACAUCUAGUUUGGAAACCAUUAGAACAACGGAUGGAGAUAGAAGUUCGAGAAGCAAUAAAUCUGUUAACAUAAAUCCGCAGUAG